AUCAUGUCAUUGCCCAGUUCUUCUUCGCGAUCACGCAGCUCGCUUGGUGAGUGCACCAGGCGACAGAAGGCGAACGCUUCACGAAAUUUCCUGUCGAGUAUAAGCGCGCAGGGUUCUUUACAGGGAGAUAUAACGCCAUGGAAUCUACCAACGAUUCUUCUAGAUCGAGCUCUCUGACGAUUGGGGAGCGGCUUUGCGCGGCGUUUAUACCACUAGUGGCGAUACUCGAGGUUUUGAUCUUCACUUUUGUCGAUUGCUUUGAUCACCGGCCUCACACCAAGCAAUGCCGGUACAGUUAUGCAUAUUUGGCUCGCCUAGCCUCUGAAACUCGAUUUACUGUUAAUGAAGUGGAGGCAUUGUAUGAGCUGUAUAAGAAGUUGAGUUGUAGCAUAAUUGAUGAUGGGUUGAUUCACAAGGAAGAGCUUCAAUUAGCUCUGUUUAAAACUCCUUAUGGCGAGAAUCUGUUUUUGGACAGGGUUUUCGAUCUUUUUGAUGAAAAGAAAAAUGGUGUCAUUGAAUUUGAUGAAUUUGUCCAUGCACUCUGCAUCUUCCAUCCACAUGCUCCUAUGGAGGAAAAAAUUGAUUUUUCCUUUAGGCUGUAUGAUCUGAGACAAACUGGGUUUAUUGAGCGUGAAGAAGUUAAGCAAAUGAUAAUUGCCAUUUUGUUGGAAUCUGACAUGAAAUUUCCUGAUGAACUUCUUGAGGAUAUUAUUGACAAGACAUUUGCAGAUGCUGAUGCUGACAAGGAUGGUAAAAUCAAUAUAGACGAUUGGAAAGAGUUUGUGAUUCAACACCCAUCCCUUCUGAAGAACAUGACUCUUCCUUAUCUGAAGGACAUAACCACAGCAUUUCCAAGUUUUGUUUUUAACACUGAGGUUGAAGACUGAGAAGUGAGAACUUUAAAGUUUCAUUAUCAAGGUGUUAAAACAAAGUUCAGACCUAAGAGAGCUGCUCUGCAUCAUUGAAUCUUGAUGAUGUGUGCUUGUAAAUCUUGGAGGUAGCGAGGUACUUUCCCAGUUUCCCUUCUUUCGAUGGAUAGGCAAGAACGUUAUUGUGGCAUUCGAAGAUUCAUAUGAUUAAAUCUUACAGCUAAUAGCAGGCACGAGGCAUCUGAUCUUUUCUGUUCCACGCUGUCUGGUCGGAUCUUCUCUACUGUAUAGCUUGCAGAACUCAAAUUUGGGCUUAGGUUGUGCUUGCUUCUUCUUUUUUGCCCUGUUUUGUAAAUGGUGUGUUGGGGGGGGGGGGGGG